AUGGGUGGAAAGCUAUGGCCAUGGCCAUGUCUUUUGAGGUACCGCAAGACCUUCCUGGAAGUGGUCGAGCUUGGCAGCCUUGCGUCCAACCGUUCCAAAAGCGUACCGGUGCGUGACGACCUACAGGAAGAAUCUGAGCCAGACACCAGAGUAGAUGAUCUCUUGCGGCGGGUCGCAAGCAGAUUCGCUUGGCAGUCUGAGCCGGGCAUCUCCAGUGGCAGCUUGGGGCACCCGUUUCUCUGCCGUGCUCCCUGCAUCCGUGCAGUUCAUGGAACCUGCAUGAAGGGUCCCAGGUGCGACUUCUGCCAUUUGGAACAUGUCCAUCCCAAGCGCAAGCUGCGCAGACAGGAACGAGAACGCUUGGAGACAAUGCGUGAGCUGCUUGCUUUGCUCAUCUUCCAGUGGCAUUUGGAACAACAGGUGAUCAAACUCCAACUUGAGCAGCAGCUACGUCUUGUGCUGGUGGUUGUACAGCGCCAUGUGCGAGGUCUGAGGCAGGCUCAGAUGCCAACAGAGCUUGAGCUUUGCCGGGUCAUGGAGAAUCUGUGGAUUCUGCGCGGAUUCUCCUUAGGACAGUUGUUCAAUUCCCUUCAGCACUGGCCUCAAGUCAGUGCCACGUUUAAACGUGAAUUGAAGUUCUUAGUGGAUAGUGCCCGCCAGAGCAUGGCGAGGCCGGCGACCGUUUGAUGCGGAAAUUUGAUGAAUUUUGAACGGCGGUUUGAAUACGGCGGUUUGAAUUCUGCCGGCUCCAGGACAGGGCUCCAGGCCCUCAAUCUCAGGGAUGAGCGAGGAACAUCUAGG